AUGCGGUACACGGAACGUAUUAACCUCGCCUUGGUGGUGGCCGCCUCGGCAAUCGGUGGCACGACCGCCGUCAAGCUGACCGGGCAUGCCAAGGGCAUGUUUGAUGAGUCAAUGAACUUUCUAGACCAGAUAUACGAUCCUGUGGCUGGCUACCUCCAGAACUUCUACUACCCCCUUGCCGCCGGAGGCCACGAAACCCGUUCGUCGGCAUGGUAUGCAUCUGGCUUGCUGCAACGUAAUAAGGGCAACGACCUUGAGGAGGCUGUCAAGAUCAUUACCAACAUCAUUGGGGGCCAGGAGAAGAACGUCAGUGCUCAAUGGUUCGGUGACUACACCGUAUACCCCGAACAGCCCACUGUCGGCAGCCCUGCGUACGCACCUGUGAUCUACAACUCCUGGGAUCCCAAUUGGAGGGGUUUCAUCGGCACGACAUUCAUGGUUAUCUACGAAGAAUUCCAGGAUAUACUCCCAGAGGAGGUCAAGGAGUUGAUCCUGGAGAGCAUGUACAACAACACCAUUGGAGACAGUUAUCGCGUUGGUGGUGUUGAUGACGACAACCUGGUGCCCUCCUACAGCAAUCCUUCCUUGAUGCGUGCCGUAGCAUCUGGGUGGACUGGGCGUAAGCUGAAUGAGUCGAACAUGACGGCGGCGGGUGAGUUGUACGCCACCGAGAUCCUCGACCUGUUCAACCUCAACAACACUCUCUCCGAGUUCAACAGCCCCACAUAUCUCGGGGUGUCCCUCUACGCGUUAACUCUCUGGGCGAAAUACAUGCCAGAAGACUCUGUAAUGGGUCAGAACGGAAAACGUAUGAUUCAGCAGAUCUGGGAGACAGCCGGAGAAAUGUACAACGCCAACAUGAAGAACCUGGCGCCACCAUGGGAUAGAGCGUACGGCUACGACAUGAAUCAAUACAUGGCCAUCUUCUCGCUUCAAAUCUGGUCGCUAGUCGGAAAGAAGCACGCACCAGUUGCCUCGCGUCCGUGGGCGAUGACACACGCUGAUGAUUUUGAGUACGCGCCACUCAUCGCCAUCCUGUCACCGUUCCACGACUCGCUCGUCCCCAAAGAGGCUGUAUCCAAGCUAUUGACAUUCCCAGGAGAACACACUUUCAAGACAUCUGCUUUUUCGCCGCCAGCCGACUACUUCCCGCGAAACAUCACCACGUGGCUCUCGGACAACCUCACCAUCGGUGCCGAGUCAUUCAAUGAAGCUGGGGUUGGAGGACCGCGUCUAGAUUCGUCGCAGUGGACACCUGCCGCGGUGCAGUGGCUUCGCUGCGAUGGCUCAGUUGGAUAUAUGUUUCUCUAUCAGAAACAAACCGCUCUGGACGUGGAUGUUGCAGCUAACACGUUAAGCUUGAGCUACCCCCGGGGUAACUCAUCAAGUGUGUUCUCUUUAAUGGUGAAGCCAAAUCCCCGUGGUGGCAAGAGAGAUAUGGCCAGCCUUGAUGAUAUUGAAGGAGUCAAGAUUGAAGUUUCUGGAUCAGUGGAUCCAGUCCCAGAAAUCAGCUUCUGUGGACUUUACGGCGGUACUUGCGACAUUAUACACGGGUUUGAAUUCUGGAACUUUACCUACACCAUGCCGGCCAACAGCACAGAGAUCCCGAGAGUCAAUCUCAAAAUCGAUUUAUCAACGUAA